CACGCUAAGGAUGGGCACACCCAGCCAUGUGGUUAUUCAUGGAACUUACAUGAUAGGCUCAUGAGUUUCAGAAUAUGUAUUAAAACAAGGUUUCACAUCAUAUACGUUCAGUAAUCAAUUUUCAUCUGCUAGUAAAGGAAGUGGCGUGGCUUUGUCUGCAAAACUUUUUGUUUUUUGUAGCACUUGAAAAUGGGACAUGAAUGCUUGCUGUUUAACUCAGUCUAUGUUUUCCUUUUUUAUUCAGGUUUUAUAGUUUUUGUUGAAAAUGCUGCGGUUCCAACAGAGCUGUAUGAGUCCAUUGCCACAACAAAACACCUAAAAAUGACUGACUCUAAAAUUGAAACCAAUGCGACAAUGAACAACUACCAUCUUCUAACAUCUACAACUUCCACCAUCAAACUAGAGUCAUCUAAAACAAGUACAGGCGAUAAAGACCAUCUAAAAAAUAUUCAUGAAAAUAUAACUUGGCAUUUCACAACAGUGUUACCAAACUUUACAUCUCACUCAAAAGAGAAACCAGAACAGACAACCGGCAAUAUUAUCAACCCUUUCGUCGCAACAACUGUUUCAACAAAAAACACGUCAACUACGGCUGAAGUAGGUCUCAUUAUUUCCCUUGUUAUACUCUUUAUCAUCAUAAUCAUCAUUUCAAUUGUAGUCAUUCUAAGAAAGAAGAAAGUAAGUAUGUUUUACUUUGCGUUUAAUUUAAUUGUGAACAAAAAUCCACCAACAUACAGAGUUGGUUUUCCCAGAUUGAUUUGUAUUAAUUUGUAUUGUAUUUGUUGUCUGCCCAUUUUCUUUAUUUCUGCUGAUGAGCAAUACAUGAGAACCAAAACAAUAUCUAUACCAUAUUCUUGAGAGUAGCCAGAGACUGAAAAGUAAUCAUACAAAAGCCAAAGUUGUAUACAGAACAAGAAAAAGCAAUAGCACGAUGCACACCCAGAGAACCACAGACUGACUUUAUAUAGCAGCACCAAAUGGCAUCUUUGGACAAACAGGAAGGAAGUCUAUAUUGAGCAAUUAACACAACACAAACCCAACAGACAUUGAGUUAUACUGAAACUUGCAGGCCUCAACCUAAACAGGGACUCUAGGAUGACCGCGUUGACGGCAGGCCUGACUGCAGUACCACAAAGUCAUUACCAAAAACCCUAUUAUAUUCCCUUGUACUGCAUGGCAGAGCUGCCAUUUUACUAAUGCAUUAUAUUAUUAAAUAGUGUCUCUCCCUAAGAUAUCUGUGUUGAUAACUGUAAAGAGGAACUGCAUAUGUCUAAGCAAUUUCUAGCCCUAGAGGCCCACAUACGCCAUGCUAAAAACAAAUGUGAGUGGCCAGUAGGAUUUAAGUGCGAUUUCCAUGAAGACAAUGCUGCAUGAAAUGCAGA